UUAAUAAAUGAAUUAAAGAUGUAAAACGGUUUAUUUACGAGAGUGAUUUUACUGUAAUAGAUUUUAGAUGUGAAUGUGAAACUGCUCUGCUUUAUUGCUACCUUUACUCCCCAGUGAAGCUCCCAGUUCCUCCAGUAUGAUGAAUCGGGACGCCCCAGUUCACAGCUGGUCGUGUUCCUAUUACAUUAACAGUGAGAAGCGCUGGGUGACCGGGCGUCUGUCUCUGACCCUCAGCGCUGUCCGGUUCAGCCCCUCACUAACCACCGAGUCCACCACCCUCCUCCUCCCGCUGUCUCGCAUCACCCACAUCAGCACCGAGUCCUCCUGCUUGGUCUUCAGCGCCGUGACCCUGCAGGAGCGAGACGGACCCAAGCACUGGUUCUGUUCCCUCAAACCCAGCGCCGGCGCCGUCCACCACGUUCUCCAGCACUUCUGGAGAGAGACGUUGGUACUGAGCACGUUCUCCUUACACGCGCCCCUCACUAAAGGACAGAGGCUCAUCAGCAUGGUGAGCGACGCCCAGCACCGGCUCUCACACACCGGACAGGCGCUGGGUCAGCAGGGCGAGCAGUUCAACCACAUGGUACAGGACCUCGACCGGGUGGAGUCUGACCUGGGCGUGGCUGACAAGUUGUUGUGUGAGCUGGAGUCUCCUGCCUGGUGGCCGUUCCGUAAGUUACCCUGGACUCGACAGAACCAGCCUGAGCCCCCCAAAGCCCCGCCCCCCGAGGGCUCGGCUAAACCCAGUAAGGAGAUACUGAGCGUCCCGGCGGUGUUCUACCACGGCGCCGAUAUAACCACGCCCCAGGCCAACGCCGGCCGCCUGGUCCUGCUGAACUCGGCGCUGGAGAUCCGUGACGCCCACGCUCGGCUCGUGCAUCGCUUCCAGAAACAGGAAGUGGACGAGAUCCGGAUCCACGGCGCCUGCGACGUCUGCGUCCGCCAGCGCCACAUCGGGAGGCCGGACGUGUGCUUCCGCCUGCUGUCGGCCAAGAUGGCGGAGGUGCUGUGCGUCCUGGAGGUGCAGUACAAGAAGAAGAUGGAGUUCUCCAGUGAUUACACGGCGUUCCAAACCACGCCCGCUGAUGACAUCACACAGGGGAGCUCAGUGUCCUGGGGUGCAGGAGCCAGUUCAGACGGGGACGUUCCUCUCCAGAUCCCAGCAGGAGAAGAUCUGACCCCGGUACAGUUACAGAUCCACAGAUCUACAGUGAGUGAAGAGGAGGCUCAGGAACUCAAACAGAUGUUACUCCAGUUAAAAUCUCUGGCCCUGGAAGCUGAGAGUGAACUGGAGCGGCAGGAUGAAGCUCUGGACGUCCUCGUCUCCUCCAGCGACCGCGCCACCCUCGCCAUGGACAAACACACCCGCCGCAUGAGGAAGCUGCUCUGAUCUUACAGCACCAAUCCACCUUCUGCAUGAGGAACCUGAGCUCCUGAGGACCCACAGAGACACUGAGUAGUACCGGCGGGUCAGGACUGAACCCGGGGGUCCGGAUCUGUGCACCACCUGUAACACAUUAACACUAAUAAAGCAGUGAUUGUUGGAUCAAUGAA